AUGACAACCGAACAAGAACUACCUAGAUCUCUCAACAAUGUCAAACACGUAAUUUUAAUCUUAUCUGGGAAAGGUGGAGUAGGAAAAUCUUCAGUAACAACUCAAACAGCGUUAACAUUGGUUAAUAAGGGAUAUAAUGUGGGAGUGCUAGAUAUUGAUUUAACCGGACCUUCGUUGCCUAGAAUGUUUGGAGUGGAGACAAAACAAGUACAUCAAUCCACGCAAGGCUGGAUUCCUGUGCAAGUAUACGAUAAAAAGAAAACUACCAGUGGAGGUUCAUUAAAACUAAUGUCUUUAGGUUUUUUGAUUGGUGACAGAGGUAAUUCAGUCGUUUGGAGAGGUCCCAAAAAGACAGCAAUGAUUAAGCAAUUUUUAAAAGAUGUAGUAUGGAGCACAAACGAGCCAUUAGAUUAUUUAUUAAUAGACACACCACCGGGGACAUCUGAUGAACACAUUGCCAUAGCAGAAGAAUUAAGAUAUGUCCCUCAAUUAGAUGGAGCAAUAAUUGUCACAACUCCACAAUUAGUGGCUACUUCUGAUGUUAAAAAGGAGAUCAAUUUUUGUCAUAAAGUGAAUUUCAAGAUAUUGGGAAUAGUCGAAAAUAUGUCUGGUUUCAUAUGUCCACAUUGUUCAGAAUGUACCAAUAUAUUCUCAAGUGGUGGAGGUCUAAAUUUGGCUAAUCAAUUAGGUUUGAAUUACUUAGGAAAUUUGCCGAUAGACCCAAACUUUGUGGAGUUGAUUGAAUUGCAAAAUAAUGAGCAAGAUGAUAAGACAUUAAUCAAAUUGUACGACAAAUCUGAACUAAAGCCAAUAAUGAAUGACAUAAUAGAUAAAGUGCUAACUUUGGAUCAUGCUCCACGAACAAUAUCGUAA